AUGGGCGGAGGCGGCAAAGUCGCUUACCCGAAGCACGUCUGGUCCCCCGCCGGUGGGUGGUACGCACAACCUCACAACUGGCGAGCCAACACGCUCGUCAUGGGCGUGGUCAUUGCCGCGUGCGCCGGACUUGCCUGGAGAGUCUCGGCGAACAGGGAAGUCCGGACCAAGAUGCCAGAGAAGGGCGUGUUUUUUCCGAGUCGGUAG